AUGAAUCUCUCGGACAACAUCAGCAAUAAUAGUAACUGUACAAUGACCAUGAUGACGAAGACGGAUCCCAUUUCAUUCAGAACCGAUUUUUUGGAAGGCUUUCAUCGAGUUCAUGUUGGCCAUUUUGCUUCAAUUCCGAUUGUGUUGCCAUCGAACAACAGCCAACAGUCAUCAUCAUCCAACCACAACAACAACAACAACAUUCAAGAUGAAGAAACUAAUUUAAUGGCCUCCGUGGAUGGAACUACUUGCUUUCUAGAUCAGGAUUACCAAGAUUGUAAAACUAGGCUCCUCAUGCAAAGCUUCUUCCUGCCAAAGGCUUCCAUUAUCAAUAUUUCAAAUUGUGGAAGGAAGGAAGUACAGAAUUUUAUCAAAAUGAGCAAGAGUAUUUCAGUUUUGGACAAGGCCAAUGAAGAAGUUGGAGUUGGCAAGAAUGAAUUUGCUUAUUUGAGUGACUUGUGGAAUCAAAUGUUCAAACUACCUCAAACGAUGCUCAAAUAUAGUGGCAAGCAUGAGAGUUUUUGGAGAGGAGGAAUAUUCUCCACCUUGUAUCGUUUUAUUACUCGUGAUUACGAACACAUUUUUGAUGAGAAUAGAGAUUUUCAAUGCAUCGAUAGUGGGUCAACUCAGGACAGCAAAUACUCAGGUGACCUAAUAACUUCUUCCUUCCUGUCAGGUGACAUUGUUAGUAAUAGUACCAACAUCAACAAAAUGAAACUCGAUGGCACCUUCUUCAUUGGCUUCAAUCAUCAAAGAAAUAAGGAAAUUCGUGAACUCACUCGUCGUAUGGUGUCUGCGUUGGCAACUGAGGCAUCGACCACGAGAAGUGUCAUCCUUCCUCAAACAACAUGCGUUGCUUCUGAUACCAUUGUAUCACCCACUUCAUCGAAACAGCAAAAGCAAUUUCUCGAUCAAGCCUUCCAAAGUGGAACCUUACUUCCUUUCUUUGGAUCUUGUGAGCGUAAUGACACCACUGGAAAUCAAUAUCAAGCCGAAAACGAAUUGAGUUUGAUGCUUAAAUUGUUUCUUGAGACUCAGUAUACCUUUUUCCAAAAGCUAGGCUCCAAACCUAAGAAACGUUUUGUUUCUGGUCUUACUUGUGUCGGUCCUCUUGUUACAUGCUUUGUGAUGCGAAGAUAUCAUACUGUUGUAGAAUCAUUCGAAAGUGAUAUCAGCUUGAAGAAGAAUAGUAGUAGCAAUGUUGAACCAAUUUACGUCAUGCAACCUUUAGAUACAUUCAACUUGUCCAACUAUGACGACUUGUUGAGAUGUGCCAAAUAUCUCACUGGCGUAAGAAAAUUAGGAGAAUCUCUUUUUGCGGAAGUGAGAAAUGCUCUGAGACAUCUUUAUUCAGAUCCAAGUCAUGACAAUGGUUCUUUAGUAUCAUCCAAUCAUAUGGGAAAUGCUCAUAACCCUAAUGAGAAAGUCAAGAAUUCAAAUCAACAACAUGCCAAAUCUUCUUCAAAUGCCAGCAAAUCCAACGUGUCUGUUAACCAGCAACUGUCUGUAUCUCCAAAAGCAAACAGCAACAGACGAGAAGAAAGAACUCCUUCGAGUGGUGAAAAAAGAAAGCAACCACCCACGCCAGCGAAUGGCACCUCCAGCAUUAGUAGUAAUGGAACAGCCACGCAAGAAUCCAAGUCACAGUCUAGUUCACAGGUUCAAAAGAAGCAAAAAGUGAACGCCAGCACUGCCAUCUCACCAGAGAGAACUUCUAGACCAGCAGCGGAACAAACACCAGGAGAGCUGACGAUGAUGAACAGCAACAACAUCACCAAUAAUGAGGAGACAAGUCAAAGGUCCACUCAACAAGAUUCUGUUUCCAGCAGUGCUAACGAUAGUGAACGAAUGAUUGUGGACAAUCAUGAAGCUUCAAGUGACCUUGAUGAGUAG